AUGGAUUUACUCCGCACCACAAUCCACUCAACCUUCAACUCCAAAUCCAGAUUUCCACUAUGGCUGCUCCCGCCUCUGCUGCUAAUAGACGCCGUCUUCUGCACAACUAUUAUUUUAAAAGUCCCCUAUACCGAAAUCGACUGGAAAGCCUAUAUGGAGCAAGUCUCGCAAUAUCGUGCCGGGGAACGGGAUUACGUCAUGAUCAAGGGCAGGACAGGGCCAUUAGUAUACCCUGCUGGACACGUUUACAUAUAUAACUACCUAUACGGAGUCACGCGGGGUGGGGUGGAUGUGGGUUUGGCGCAGUGGAUUUUUAUGGGGGUCUAUUUGGUGACGGUGGGGGUGGUGGGGUUGUGUUACCGGGAGGCUAGGGCUCCUCCGUAUUUACUACCGUUCUUGAUACUUUCCAAGCGGUUGCAUAGUAUUUACAUGCUCCGGCUGUUCAACGACCCGUUUUCGAUAUUGCUUCUGUUUUUGGCAGUGUUCGUAUGGCAGAAAAAGUUGUGGACGUUGGGUAGUUUGGCAUAUUCUUUAAGUGUGGGGGUUAAGAUGAAUACGCUGCUGGCAUUGCCAGCUGUCGGGGGGUUGUAUUUAUUAGCCCUUGGAAGGGAUAAGGCUCUUCGGCAAGCGGGGAUAAUGCUUCAGCUUCAGCUCCUACUUGCUACGCCGUUCCUUACAGAGUUCCCAAUGAGUUAUCUUAAUCGGGCAUUUGAAUUCACCCGACAAUUCUUUUUCCAGUGGACUGUAAACUGGAGAUUUGUUGGCGAGGAGGUAUUCCUUUCUAAGGGGUUCUCCUUAGGGCUCUUAGGAUUACACGCCUGCCUUUUGCUAUUCUUUCUUGUCACUCGAUGGUCAAAACCCUCGGACCGCUCCUUCCCCACGCGUAACCCCCAGGUUUGUCCUCACCACCGUUCUUGGUGCGAACGCAAUCGGCAUGCUCUGCGCUCGCAGCCUGCACUACCAGUUCUACUCAUGGCUUGCUUGGGGUACCCCCUACCUUCUCUGGCGCAGUGGGUUUGGGCCUGGGUGGGUUACGGGGCUCUGGGCUGCACAGGAGUGGGCGUGGAACGUAUACCCUAGUACAAACUCUAGUUCGAGCAUGGUGGUAGGCGUCCUUGCAGCGAUGGUGUCGGGGGUUUGGUGGGGGAGUAGAAGUAGGGAUGAGGAAGAAUUGUUUGUGGGGAAUCCCCGGGGGGAAAGGAAGAAUGAGGAGGAGAAAAGUCAAAAGAAGUUUCUCUGAAUGUACGAGUAUUAUAAUACCUUUUUGAAUUUAAGAGUUUAUACAUGGGCGUUGAUAUGUGAAGUUGGCCCACUCAACCGAUGUAACAAAUUUGAUUCAA